CUAUCCCCUAAAAGGAAGGUUUCGAAUUAAGGCAUAUCUUAGGAACUACACCUUCCCAUUAACUGUUAUUUUCUCCUCUUUGGAAUGUUUUCUUUAAAUCUUAAUCUGUGACAGCCAAGAACAAGUUAAAGGCCAACAUCAAGAAGGCAAAGAUCACAUAUCAUUUCAGAAACCACAACCCUGAUCUUACCAGUUUAAGCCAGUGAUGGCUGAUUAUGAUCGAGAAUCCGAUGACAUCUUGAAAGAAUUCUACAUCCCUAAUUACAUACUUAAGCCCGAUUCAGAGUAUGAGAAUCUUUCAAAUGUACCAAGGUGUCCAGUGUUAGUGUUCAUCAACUCAAAAAGUGGUGGUCAGCUAGGGGUGGAUCUUCUUCAGACAUAUCGUUCUCUCCUUAACAAAAAUCAGGUUUUUGAUUUGCUGGAGGAGGCACAUAGCAAUGUAGAACCUGGCGAAGUGUUGAAUGGGCUGUAUUGCAAUCUAGAAAAGCUCAAGCAUAAUGGUGACAAAUUGGCUCAUGAAAUUCAGCAGAGACUGAAGAUCAUUGUUGCAGGUGGAGAUGGAACAGCUAGCUGGCUUCUUGCAGUUAUUUGUGAUCUCAAAUUAUCUCAUCCACCGGCGAUUGCUACAGUUCCUCUGGGGACUGGAAAUAAUCUUCCAUUUGCUUUUGGUUGGGGGAAGAAGAAUCCUGGAACAGAUCGUGCUGCUGUGGAGUCAUUCUUGGGUCAAGUAAUCAAUGCCAAAGAAAUGAAAAUAGACAGCUGGCAUGUUUUGAUGAGGAUGAGAGAUUCAUUCGAAUGUCCUUGUGAUCCAGUUUCCAGUAAUGAGUUACCAUAUUCUUUGCAUGCAUUCCGUCGUGUCUCUUCAACAGACCCCCACAGAAAGGAAGGUUAUCACACUUUUCGUGGAGGGUUCUGGAAUUACUUCAGCAUGGGUAUGGAUGCUCAUGUAUCUUAUGACUUCCAUUGUCAGCGGAAGUUACACCCAGAAAAAUUCAAAAACCAACUGGUUAAUCAGAGUAUAUAUGCGAAGAUUGGAUGUAAACAGGGAUGGUUUUGUGCUUCACUUCUGCAUCCUUCUUCAAGGAAUAUAGCUCAACUGGCAAAGGUUAAGAUCAUGAAAAAACAUGAUGAAUGGAAGGAUCUCCACAUAUCUCAUAGUAUCAGGUCAAUUCUAUGCCUUAACUUGCCUAGCUUCUCUGGUGGACUAGAUCCUUGGGGAACCCCUAAUGCAAAGAAAAUGCAUAAUAGAGAUCUGACUCCACCAUUUGUAGAUGAUGGCCUUCUUGAGAUUGUUGGUUUUAAAGAUGCUUGGCAUGGACUUGCUUUGCUUACUCCAAAUGGACAUGGUAUUCGCCUUGCUCAGGCACACAGGAUCCGGUUUGAAUUUCACAAGGGUGCAUCUCGUUACACAUAUAUGAGGAUGGAUGGGGAACCUUGGAAGCAACCCCUUCCAUGUGUUGAUGAGACUGUCGUGGUUGAAAUCUCACACUAUGGCCCAGUGAAGAUGCUUGUCACCAAUGACUGCAGAUCCAAGAGUGUGAAAGGUUCAACACAUGCCAGUUAUAGUGCUGAUGAAGAAGAUAGCACUGGGACCGACCCUGUUGAUCCAGAAUAUUGGAAGUUUGGGGCAGCAGAGUCAAUGCAUUGCUAACAUAAAGGAAAGGGGGUUUAAGAUUGUUAAAACGUUUCAAUUGGUAAAUCAAUCUUCAAUGUUAUUUCUGUGGCCAUGAACAGGGAACCAGUCUUCAUCUGUGGGCUGAAUGUUGGAAUAUUAAUACUUAUUAUUGCUGGUGCAACACAUCCAAUCAUCGUUGUUCCUAAUUGUAUUUCACCCUGCAUGCAUGGUUUCAGCUCAAUGUGGAUAAUCUAGGUAUGAGUUUGCUCAUGGUUUAUAAUAAUUGUAAAAACUAUUAUUGUUGUUUGGAUAAAUACUGGGGUACCCCUGAG